GGGAGGAGGAAGGAGGAGACGCAGCGCUCAGACGGGCGUGUUUUAUGUUUUAUGUUUUAUGUGCUGCUGCGGCAUAUGACGCGGGCCGAGAGGAAGAAUCCACACGAUCCACAGAAAAGGCUUGCAAAGUAUCAGUGGACCGCCAAAGCGCCACCUUGACUCUCGCCGUGACGUCGUUACAUCGCCAGGAGGGUCCCAGGCAGAGACGACGUGCUCGCGCGUGUGCGUGUGCGCCUUCGUGAAUGCGUGCGUGCGAAUGGGACAUCGAGACAUGUGCGUGUCGAUGGGCCUCCCCUUCCUCCCCAUCCUCCUCCUCCCUUUGACCUUCCUCUCGCCGCCCGCACCUCGGCUGGCUCAGGGAGCCCUCGUCAUCCCGCAAGGCUACAAAGCGACCAACAUUUCACAGCCGCCUGUGCUCACGGCGCCCUCAGAGCUGAAGACGUCGUACACGGCUUUUUCCCGUGACGACAUCAAUCUGCCGUGCGAGGCCUCCGGCGACCCGCCGCCCACGUUCCGCUGGGUGAAGGACGGGCGGACGUUCGGGUCGGAGCGGACGGGAAGCGGAACGCUGGUGCUCGACGAGGACGAGGAAUUGGAAUUGUACCAGGGAAUGUUCCGAUGUUACGCCUCCAACAUGCUAGGCACCGCCAUGACGCAGACGGUGCGCAUCAAUGUGGAGGCCCAGCCAGUCCUGCAGAAGCAGAAGAAGUUCCGCCGGCAAGCGUACGUGGGCGAGAGCAUGGUCCUGUCCUGCAAGCCUCCGCCGAGCUCCACGCCGCCGCUCAUCCACUGGAUGGACAAGAAGAUGGUGCACAUAAGGCAGAGUGACAGAGUGACGGUCGGCCUCAACGGCAACUUGUACUUCGCUAAUCUGCUCAAGAGCGACAGCCGAGUGGAUUACAUCUGCAACGCCCAGUACACGGCAGCCAGAACCAUCUUGCCCGACACCGCCAUCGCCUUAACUGUGCUGCCCAGUAACGACGUUGUUCGCGGCAAGCCGCCUCACAUCUUCCACCCGAGCGGCUCCCGCUCGUCGGUCCUAGCGCUCCGCGGCCAAAGUCUUACCUUGGAAUGUAUUCCCAAAGGCCUUCCGACUCCAAAAGUGGAGUGGAAGAAGAAGGACGGCAACCUGGAUGAAACCGGCGGGCACCCGCAAAACUACAACCGCUUGCUCUACUUCGACAGCGUCAGUCAGAGCGACGACGGCGAGUACGAGUGUCGAGCGUUCAAUGCCCAUGGCUCCAGCGCGCACUCCUUCACCGUCACUGUUGAAGCUGCUCCCUACUGGGUGAAGGAACCCCAGAACCUGCGUUACGCUCCAGGCGAAACCGUGCGAUUGGACUGUCUGGCGGAAGGCAUCCCGACGCCCAACGUGACCUGGAGCAUCAACGGGCAGCCGCUCUCAGCGGUGGACGAGGACCCUCGCCGCAGCGUGUCGGGCAGCGUGCUGAGGCUGAGGGACGUCCUGCUGAGCGACACGGCGGUGUACCAGUGCGAAGCCGCCAACGAACACGGCUCCAUCCUGCUCAACGCCUACCUCCACGUCGUCAAGCUCCCCCCUCAGAUCCUGUCCUCAGACGGCGUCGUGUACCGGGUCACGGCGGGCGGGACCGUCAAGAUGUCCUGCGAGACAUUCGGCUCACCGCUCCCUCACGUCAAAUGGGAGUGGGAGGAUUGGGCCCCCCUGUUGUCGGACCCUCGUGUAUUCCUGCUGACCAACGGGACGCUGGAGUUGUCCGACGUGGGCCCCGGCGACAGGGGCAUGUACACUUGCUUGAUCCAAAACACCAACAUCUCCAUCAACGCUCACUUGGAAGUGUUCAACAGCACAACGAUCGAGACGGGCCCGCAGAACGUGCGAGCACUGCGAGGUGGGAACGCCUUGCUGGACUGUCACUUCAGCAAAGACCCCCGAUUGCUGCGCUACCAGAUCAUCUGGAGGAAGGACGGGCAAAAACUGGACGAAUCAUCGCAGGAUGAAAAGUACCAAGUCUUUGCAAAUGGCACAUUGAAGGUGACUGACAUCCAAUCAAAAGAUAACGCGGCGUAUUCGUGCGAGGUGAUCACAGAACUGGACCAGGUGACGGCUAGCGGCUCCAUCACAGUCGUGGCUCCUCCGGACCCCCCUCAGGAUGUGAGUCUGACUGACGUGAAAGACGACACUUUGACUCUGAGCUGGAUUCCGGGUCGCUCGCACAACAGCCCCAUCACAGAGUUCAUCGUUGAGGCCAAGGAGGAGCAGCACUCACGCAGGCACGACGGCGACACCUGGAGGUGGGAGGUGCUGAACCGGGUGCCCGCCCACUUUAACCACCUGCAGCUCAGCCUCCGCCCUUUCCGCACCUACGCCUUCCGCGUCGUCGCCGUCAACCAGCUCGGCCCCAGCGAGCCCAGCCGGCCCACCGCCCUCCACAGCACACCUCCGGCGGUACCACACAGCAACCCCACCGGUGUACGCAGCGAAUCCUCCGACGCGGGAACGCUCGCUAUCACGUGGGAUGAGAUGUCCAGGCGAUCGCAUAAUGGCCAGGACUUCCAGUACAAGGUGUUGUGGAGGAAGGCGGGAGACAAAACCGACCGCUGGAACCACGGCUACGCCAAGUCUCCACCUUUCUCGGUCAAUAAUACAGGAACGUACGAGCCCUUUGAGAUCAAAGUUCAAGCUGUCAACACACUGGGAGAAGGACCUGCCCCGGAAGCCCAGAUCGGACACUCAGGCGAAGAUGUACCCGAGGAGUCUCCCAGCGGAGUGGCGGUCCAGGUGAUGAACCGCACAGUCGGCGUGAGCUGGAAUGAAGCCCAGAAGGUCCGCGGUCUUCUUCUGGGCUACAAGAUCUACAUCAAGAGGCUGGGCCCCGAGGGGGGACGGGUGAGGCGGUCCCCUGCGAAACUGCGCCACCUGCAGGAGGGAAAGGCGCGCGAGGGAAGAUCAGAGCGAGCAAAGGCAGACGACAAGGUGGUGGUGGUCCACGGCAUGAAGACCGCCACAGAAGUGAUGGGUCUGCAGCUCUUCUCCCGCUACACCGUUUCCGUCACUGCCUUUAACAGCAAAGGAGAGAGCCCCGCCUCCUCGCCAGUCCACUUCAGCACCCCGGAAGGAGUGCCUGGCCCACCGGCAUCGCUUGUUUUUGAGAGCCCCUCUGAGAACUCUAUGCUUCUCUACUGGACCCCCCCACUCCAAACCAACGGAAUUCUCCUGGGAUACAUGGUGCAGUACCAACAAGAGGUGAAGAGCAGGGAUAGUCCAGUGCAGAUGGAGAUCAUCGGUGAUCCCAGUGUGACCCACCUCAUGCUGGAAUCUCUGGACCCCCACAGCUACUACACCUUCCAGGUGAUCGCUCGCACCUCCGCUGGGGACGGACAGCCCAUCACCAGGAGGAAUGCCACCCUUUUUGACGGAGUUCCUCCAAGAAACAUUACUGUCAUGCCUGAUAAGACAUCGCUCAACCUGAGCUGGGUGCCUGGAGAGCGAGAGAGGAACCAUGGCUUCCACAUCGAUUUCCUUAAGAAGAGUGCUGGGGGUCAGUGGAAGGUGUCAGAAAUGGUGAACUCGUCGCAGGGUUUCUACUCGCUGACAGGUCUUCAGGCAGGAACUGAGUACCACCUUGUUGUCAUGCAUGGGAACUCCACUCAGUGGGAAGCUGCAAAAUGGACCUUAGGACCAGGGCCAUCGGAGGUGAGCAGCGGCUUCGCCAAUCAGGGCUGGCUGAUCGGCCUCAUCAGUGCCAUUGUGCUGCUUAUUCUCAUCCUUCUCAUCUUGUGUCUGGUCAAGCGCAGAAAGGGUGGCAAAUAUGCAGUGAAGGACAAGGAAGAGAAGGAGGUGGACUCGGAAGCCAGGCCCAUGAAGGACGAAACCUUCGGAGAGUACAGCGACACGGACGAAAAGCGUUCGGAAAGCCAGCCGUCGCUUUGUGGCGACAGCAAGCUGGGCAGCGACGACUCGCUGGCCGAGUACGGCGACAGCGUGGACAUCCAGUUCAAUGAGGACGGCUCCUUCAUCGGCCAGUACAGCGGGCGCGCCCCUGCACCCGCCGGGAACGAGAGCUCGGGUCCUGCCUCGCCGGACAACACGGCCCCGCCUCCCCCCAUCGCGCCGUCCAUGUCGAGUGUCCUCAGCCGACCCAGUUAAACACACACCCACACGUCCACUGUCUGAAUACAUUCCACACCUUUAUGCAGAGAUGUUUACAUGGUGGUUUGCCUUUUCUAUGCCACGUUUACACACACACACACACACACACACACAUAUACACACACCCACAUAGAUACACUCACACUCGUUUCCCAAAAUGUUCCACCUUUGAAAUUAAGCAAGUUUUGAAAUAUUCCAAGCUGGACACUUUCCAUUGGCAUUCACGUAAACUGACAUAAACCCUCACCAUUCACGGGUCGUGGAGGCAAGCGACAGAGCCCUUCAACAAAUGGCUAAAACUGAAAGUAAUUGAUGCUAGCCCUCAAAAAUGCUCAGAAUUGCCCAUGGUAUCUCUUUUAACCACGAAUAAAUCACAAACUAUCUUACCAAACCACUUUAUCAUCUUACAUUACUCCUAAAAAAGCAAAUAGCUCGCAGAUUAUUCUUUUUUUAUUUCAAAAAGAUGUUCAACAGAGCAAAAACAACAUGCAACAAACAGUUUUUGUAACUUCUGCUUACAAUCCAGGCUAAACAUAUCCCCUCCCUAGCAUUGAAAGAUCUCUCAGUCAAGAUGAUUCCUUGACGCCAAUUGCUACAGGUGUGUUUAUAUUUCGCCAAGACUUUGGCACCACCUAGCAGCAUUACAAAAAUUGCAUUCAAAUCUUUUUUAUUUUUUUAUUUUUUUAUUUUUUAUUUUUAAAUAGCUGAUAGGUUCCAAAGAAAGAAAACACCAAUACAUGAAUUUGCAAGUAGUGAAGCGCAAAUAGCCAUCUGUUCACUGUCGAUCUUAAAUCCAAUUCUAAAUGAAGAAAAGCUAAAUGACUCAGUUUUCUUCCCACAUUCCAAAACAUGAUAGGCUGAUUGAAGAUUCUAAAUUGCCAUUUGUGCGAACGUGAGUAUAAAUUGUUUGUCUAACAAUUUCCGCGACUGACUGUCAAAAAGGCAGCUGGGAUGGGCCCCAGUUCACCCGCGAUCAGACAAGUGCUUCUGACAAUUGACGGAUGCAUGGAAAAAAGCUAGAUGUGCCGAUGACACGUAGAAUUUUGAAUUUGACCAAACGUUUGGGGCAGAUACGCCUGUAAAAGUUGCAGUUCACUGUACGACAAUGAAAUUGAAAUAUCAGACGCGCGAGGUGAAUCUGUGACGUUCAUCACUUUCACAUUUGCAGAAAUAGCUGCUUGUUUAAUUUCCCGUUGGACGCAGACAGACACACAACAUUUUGUACACGAGACAAUAAAAAGUCACUUUUACCUGUCCCCUUUGAGACUUUUUUUAUUUUUAUUUUUUUGAGUCUUCAUAUUAGCAGUUGUGGAAUAGGGUGGCCCUUCCACUGCAUUUCCAAUUAUGCUGCAAGCAUCAAAAAGAUUACGAUGUUUUCUUUUCUGCCAAGUUCCACGUUCCAGACUAAUCCGCCCAUGUAGCAAAUUUCCAAGCUGAUUCCCUGUGAAUUUGCUCGUUGAUUCCCAUGGAAAGUUUCCAGCUUGAAAAUGUUCCGCCGAGACGGACGAGGUCGGAUGACAGCGGGCAGUGUUGGAGUCACGUGACCACCAAGUCACAUUUGAAACCUUGCUUUUCCGAGCGCGCGCGUGAUCGUUAUCAAUGUUACCAGACAUUUUGCCUUACGAGAGUCCCACCGAUCCUCCUCACCUCACUCUACCCACACGCAUACACUCACACAUACCACAGUUGUUACCCAGCACCCAAACAGGAAAUAGCAUGGCGUGAAACAUGGGUCCUGUGUAGCAAACCUCACAAGGAGGCUCCUCCAUUGAUUAUUGUUCUCUGAAUGUAAAUACAACUUAAAGAUUGUCUUUUCUUUCGUCAUUGCUUCUUUUGCUCUUCGAUCUCAUGAUCUUUUGUAUGAUAUAACUCUGGUCUGGUGUCGCCUUCACACUGAAUGCUAAAAUAACAUUUGCCGCGGAGUCGUUUGGUCAACUGUGACGAGUUUGGGUUUAGGAUAGAGGUUUGAGGUUUGAGGUUUGGGUUAGGGAUUAAGGGUUAGUAUCAAGGGGUGAAUGUUGGGUUAGGGGGGGUUAAGGCUAAGUUUGGCCCACAGAAUUCGUUUUUUUGUUUGUUUGUUGGGAAUGCGGCCGCUCGCGUGGAUGUUCACGUAGCAUUCGGUGUGAACGCGACGCAAAGCUUUGCUAUUGUGUCACUUUUGUAGAUGAGACAAAUUUAGAGGAGUGGUUCUCAACUGUUGUCACUCUGGGACCGUGUCGUAACCCACUUUUGUAGACGUUAAGAACAAUACAGAACAGGUUUUGUUUAAAAAAAAAAUAAAAUAAAAAAAAAAGCCUCUCACAAAACGUAUAGCAUAUUAUAUUUUCCAACCCCGUUUCAACCAAAACCGCCAAAAGCAUAUUGAUCACCAUGAUGUCCGCCAGCCAGAGGCAGAGCUGCUCUGUAUUUGUUUACGGCGUAAACUCGUGGCUAAAGCGCGAGGCAGCGACACUUCCUGUUGCUUACCUAAUACGUUCUAUGUGGGAACGUCUUACGCCGCUGUACUGUAGCGCCAAAGAACAAAAUAAGAAUACAUGCAAUUUUUUACGAGCUGUCCGCGACCCACUUUUGGGUCCCAACCCACCAGUUGAGAAUCACUGAUUUAGACCAUAGAUUCACAGCACUUCUUUUCCACUUUCCUUUUUUUUGUUGUUGUUGUUGUUGUUAGCGCUUUUAGCCACGCAGCAGAUGGUGACGACGAUAAAUUUCGAAGCUCCGUUAAAUAUGCCAACAUUUACACUGUGUUUUGUUGCUUUGUGCGGACCGGCUCUCAUUUCUAUGAGCCCCAAGAUGACAAUUUACAAGAAAAGACAACAAAAUCCAAUGCUGACAAUAACAAGUUUAAUAUACAAGACUCUAAGAAAUGUUGAAAAGUUUCUUGAAGCAACAACAAUCAACCUUCACAAUCGAAAGCCAAACACGUCCACGUGUACACCGCAUGGGUUGCCUUGCAGAAUAGCGCACGAUACGAAAUAGUCCUAAUAUUUUGAUAUCUCAAUUAUAACAGCGAUCAUGUGACAACCCAAAUAUUGGGGGAAAACAGACUUACACUACACAUUUUUACUUCCCCUCUUCAUGGAAAAAAAACAAUUUUUAUUGAGUUGUACAGAUAGUAGGCGACGUUAAUAGUGGAAAAGGUUUAGAAAUAAUUUACCUUGGUCUAAUUUCUUUCUAGCGCAAAAAGCUGGAUUUUUGAACAGGGGUUUGCAGCCUUUAAUAUCCGCUGUACAUCAUCUUAUCUAUGGAACUGAAAAAAACUCGUCAAAACGCUUGGUUGAUUAAAAUCAAGUAACGACUUUUAGAUACACGGUGUUAAGAAACAGAAUCAAUACAUUGCGACAUACUACCCCUCGUAAACGUAAUCGCAAAAUUUGAAAACAAAAUAAAAUAAAUUAGAGCAAAAGGUCAGUUUUGAAGUAUUAACAAACAGCUAUAAAAGAAUAUGUCACAGGUGUCAAACUGGAAAUUAUGUGCAUUAUUUGAUGAAGCAAGAUACUACAAACAAAUAUUUUUGUGAGCAUUUUUAUUAGAAAUUUGGGUGGCAUUAUUUUUAAUUGACAGCAGGAUAACAAACUAAAUGUUUUUUUGUUUUUUUUUCCCGUUGGUAAGAAUGCCGGAAUCAAAUGCAGGGGCAAUUCUGUAAUACCGUGAUACUAUACUACAACUGACCUAAACGAGUGGGUUGACACGUGUGCUCGAUGAAAAAAAAUUAAUGUGUGUACAGUACAGUAUGUGUUCUUGUGGACGUGGCUCUGACUUUUAAUGAUUUGGCCAAUCCAAAGUCAACGUGGAAGCUUCUUUGCUCAUAUACGUCGCCGGUGUUGCUCUGCUCUCACACUGUAUGUCUGCCUUCUUUUAUAUGCAUAAUAUCUGUACAAUAUAUGAACACGGGAAACAAUACAAACUAUGGUAUGGAAAAAAAGUCCCACAAUUGAGGUAAAUAACAAAUACUAACAAUACAGCAAAUAAGAAACUGGCGGUACGGUUGCAUGGCGUCGCUUUCGAUGCUCGAUGAUGAUGAAGAUGAUGAUGAUGAUGAUGAGGAGGGGGGCUGUACUGCACAAGAGCGGUAAUGUUGCAGCUGCUUGUUGAAUUGUGCGCUGUGCUCAAACUAGCAAACUAACCGCAUUCUGUCAACUAAUAAACAACAAAUUGCGUAACCA